UGCUUCCUUGUGUCCAAAUGGUGGACUCCCAAGCUUGGAGCUUCGGUAAAGACAAAAGAGAUCCCGAGACAAACCACGUCAAGUCAAGGGUGGGCGAUUUUAGGAAAUCGAGACGGACAGUGAUCGCAAUCUAGCUUGGCCAGCAAUGGCAAUAGCAAACGACAGUGAUAUCUAGCUGGGCCAGAAAUGGCAAUAGCACGAAGAUCUCCACUGCUGCUAGCUUUGCUCUUGGCGAUUUCCAGCUCCUCGCUUCUUCACGGCCAUCACAUCUCUAGCUGCCGUUGCCUCCACGGCGAUCCAAAUUGCUGGCCCCAGGAUCGCGACUGGAAGAUCUUCAAUGCCUCAAUCCAAGGCCGGCUCAUCGCGGUCAAGCCCCCGGCAUGGCCUUGCCACGAUCCCCACUACGACCAUCAUCUCUGCGAGCUCGCCACCGAGAAUUGGAGCGAUCCCGCCUGGAGAUCCGACCAGCCGGGAGCGAUGAUGGCCGAUAACUGGGAGAUGGACGACGCCCGCAACGAGAGCUGCUCCGUCCGCGACCCGAGGAGCUCGCGUUGCGAGCAAGGGUCAGUGCCGGUCUAUGCGGUCAAUGUUAGUCAAGUCUUCCAGGUGGAGCUUGCGGUGGCUUUCGCUAGCAAGCACAACCUUCUCCUUGUGGUAAAGAACACUGGUCACGACUACCUUGGAAGAAGCACUGCGAGGGGAUCGCUCAGCAUUUGGAUGCAUCACUUGCGGGAGCUGCGCUUUCACGGUGAUCUUGGCUGUGAUCAAGCAGAGCAUUGCGACGAUCGAGGGCUGGAUCCAGCGGCGUAUGUGACGAUUGGAGCUGGAGUGACUUGGAACCAGCUCUACGAGGCCGCGCUGGAGCACAGGCACGAUAUUGUGGGAGCUUCGUGCCCGUGGGUUGGAGCUGCCGGUGGAUUCGCACAAGGUGGCGGGCACAGCUUGCUCUCUCCAGUCUUUGGCCUCGCGGCGGACAAUGUUGUGGAGCUCCAAGUUGUGACGGCUGAUGGGAAGCGAAAGGUGGCGAGCGAGUGGCAAAACGAGGAUCUCUUCUGGGCGCUCAGAGGUGGCGGCGGAGGUACGUUUGGAGUCGUGGUUUCACUCACUUACAGAACGUAUCCGGCUCUCGAGAACGCAAUCUUUGCGAGCGUGAAUGUGACUGCCAAAGAUCGCCCCAGUUUUGAGACGCUUCUCGAGGAGUUUGCACGGAUGAAUCCGGAGCUUUGGUCUGAUGGCUGGUCUGGUUUCUUCAAUGUCGGCAACUUUUCACUCUCCUUGAGAUACGUGCUUCCAAACAAGACCCUGGCAUUCGCUUGCUCCAGCUUGAAUUUUCUCCUCGGCCUCCAGCACAACCGGAUUCAAACCCACUAUUCUCUCAAAUCCUACGCAUCCUUCUAUGAGCUCAUUCAGCAAGCACUGUGCGGAAGCGAUCCAAGCUGUCCCAACGUUGGCGGGCCGGCAGGGAAUCCAGUUCUUCCAGCUUCACGUCUUAUCCCAACUCAAGCUCUAAACUCUUUCCCAACCAAAGUCUCUAGAGCACUCGCGAAGAUAGCUCUCGACUUCCAAGUUCCAAUCGUGGGUGCCCUCGUCGCUGGUGGCCAAGUCUCUGUGCCUCGCGACAGCGCCGUGAAUCCCGCCUGGAGAGAUUCGCUGUGGCUCGUCAUUGUUUCGGUGAGCGCCCCAAGAUCACAGAGAAAAGAGGCAGCGACGCUGGUCUCGAGGGCCAACAAGGUGUUGAUCGAUAUCACACCCGGAUCUGGGAGCUACAUGAACGAGGCCGACUACAACGAGCCACACUUCCAGAGAUCGUUCUUUGGAAGUCACUACAAGCGGCUCUACGAGAUCAAGCAGCGCGUGGAUCCGGGAGGGCUCUUUGUGUGCCAUCACUGCGUAGGGAGCGAGGACUGGACCCAGGAUCUUAGAUGCAAAACUCAGUCAAACAAGUCAAUCAAUGUCAACAAGAUUGACUAAAAGUGACGUAAUGCAACCAUGAUGCGCAGCUGGUGUAGUGGUAUCAUAGUACCCUCCCACGGUACUGACCGGGGUUCGAUUCCCCGGCUGCGC